UGGACUGUGAUUCUACUUCUACCGUAGUGUUUAGUAAAAUAACAAUAAAACUACAAAACUGCGACUACAUUACAUGUUACAAUAGUUUUAUAUCGCGAUGGCGACCCCCGCGGACGUGCGAGCAGUUUUCGAGGCCAAGUUAAAAGAAGGAAUUCCUAGCCCACCAGGAGAGUUUCACCCUUUGGACUUGGAAAGGGUAAAGGAUGAUAAAUACUUAACAAGGUUGUUAUUACACCAAGAAAAUGACGCGAAAAUGGCUGCCGACAUGUUAUGGGACAUUCUUGUGUGGCGGAAAACGAAUAAUAUGAACGAUAUCAAUGAAAACACCGUAAGAAUGGACUAUGUGAAAGAAGGUGCGUUCUUUCCUCACGGACGCGAUGUAGAUGGGAAUUUACUGCUUAUAAUCAAGUCUAAGCAGCAUGUGAAAGGUCAAAAAGACUUCGAGGAGCUUAAGAAAGUGAUUGUAUACUGGUUUGAUCGCGUAGAAAGAGAGGAGCAGGGUAGACCUAUUACUUUAUUCUUUGAUAUGGAAGGUUGCGGCCUCGCAAACAUGGACAUGGAGCUCAUUAAGUAUUUAAUUAGUUUGAUGAAGCUAUACUACCCAUAUUUCCUACAUUAUAUCAUCGUUUACCAAUUGCCUUGGGUCUUGUCCGCUGCGUUCAAGGUUGUAAAAUCACUGUUGCCAGCUAAAGCUGUUGAGCGUAUGAGAUUUUCAACUAAAGACAAUUUGAAGGAUCUUGUGGCUCCUGAGCAGGCAUUGACAUGCUGGGGCGGCAAGGACCCGUAUGUGUUUGAAUUCAUUCCGGAAAACAGAGGUGCUAAUGAUGUGCAUACACCCAAAAAGGUGACGUUUGCAGAGCAAGGAGACAACCAGCAUUCUCCCGGAGAAAUGCUAAGACUCAAUCCCAACGAUACAAUCGUUUUUAAGAAUGAAAAUGAUGAGAUAUCGGGACAAUUCACUAUAACCAAUAUGGAUGAAAGUGCCAUAUCCUUUAAAAUAAGAACUACUUCCCCAGAGAAGUUUCGAGUACGACCCAGCUCUGGUACAUUAGCCACCGGCUCCUCACAAACCGUACAAAUUGUGGUGCAGCCAGGAUUCCAAUUCCGUACUGUCACUAAAGACAGAUUUCUCGUCAUGUCCGUACAAAUCCCGAAGCUGGAUGUAACACCGAAGGAGCUUACCGACAUCUGGCAGAAGUCGUCCGGCAGCAAAGUUGAUGAGUACAGACUGAAGUGCCACUUCCCGGAGAAGGAUAUGCCAAAGAAUGGAAGCAUGGUGGACGGUAGGAGUCCAGAUAAGCCCGACUCAGUCACAAACGCUUUAAAUAACUUGCAGAUUAACUACGAAAUGUUGCACAAACAGGUUAAAAUGCUUAAAAUAUAUCAAUUGUUUACGUUGAUUCUAACAGCUUGCGCUGUUUUACUCGGUUACCUUGUCUAUAAGAGUUCAAAUGAAGAUAAGUAUUGCGAGCGCAUGUAGCCCAUAGAAAUGGUGGUAUUAGAUACCACUGUGGAUGUCAAUGUCUUGUUAAAUGGUUUCCUAAUGUUUAUAUUGAUAACUAACACGGUUAUCUUUGUUAUAUAUUGCCAGUUAGUGCGUAAGGUGGAGCAGUUGCACGCUACUUAGAUUUACUGAUGUACUGACAGUGUUUUCAAAAUUGCGAAAUAUUUCACAUGGCAAAAUAUUGAAACUUUUUUGUAUAGGGGAAGAAAUUUUCAAUUAAAAAAAAAUGGAGAUACUUUAUUUCCUAUGGAACAUUCUAGCAGUUUCGAGGAACAUUGAGCGCUAAAAAAAAAGAAAUCAUGUUUUUUUCAUAAUUUGAAAUAUCAAGGUCACAGAAAUAUCUACUCAAUAGAGUAAAUAGUCAUAAUCACCUAUUAUUAUUAAAUUUACAUAAACAUAGAUUAUUUUAAUUACCGAUCAUGUACACCUACAGCUAAAAAUAAUGGUUCACAAUUAAUUGAAGAUGCAUUAAAUGUGACGUUCCACGGUAAAGGUACCCUAUGGCGGUAGGCGCUUACGUGGCGUAGCACCGCAUUAAUAUUCGAGCGUGGUUAAUAAUAAUAGCGUAAGCGCCAACCGUCAAUACCUUUGGCCGUGGACCGUCAUAUAUCAUUUUCAAGGUUCUUCAUUGGCGUGUUCUACUCGUAUUAAUUAAAGUGCCAUUAGUUUCAUUUGUUCAUUGCUCACUUCAUUUGUAACUGCAAUUUUAUUUAGACUUGUACAGUCGCCAUUCGCCAUCAUUUAUAUCGGAACGGCCGAGGUGCUCAAAAAUAUCUGAACACGCACUCUAGCGCCUUGACAAUAUAGGCGUGUACAGAUAUUUGUGAGCGCCUCGGCCGCUCCGAUGUAUCUGAUGACGACUACUGCACUACACUUAUUUCAGUUUUGGGGAGUUUUGUUAUUUAUACUCGGAAUAACGAGCUCUCGAUCCUAAUAGAAGAAAAGUGCCCAAAAAUUUCCAUAAAUUUUCUUUUCUUCGACUCGGUUAAAGUCAUACAGUCUAUGAAAAAUGGUAUUGGAAUGGAAAUAAAAACCUUGGGCCACUUUUUUUCUCCUAUUACAGGAUUGAAAGAGCUCGUGUUUCUGAAUAGAAAUAACAUAAAAAGAUC